AUGAUAUAUCUUUGGAUUUUUUCCCAAUACAGAUUUGCUCAAGCUUUAAAACAAUAUUUAAAAAGUAUACCAUUCUAUUUUGCGUCUGGAGUUACCAAAGAAAUUUCCUUUCUAUAUAUGAGUAUGCAAGAUCCCAAAUUACACAAUUCAAACAUUUAUCUCAAGUUACAUUCAAUACUCACAUUGCUUUUCAAAUCUUUGAGAUUACUAGAAUUUAUAUUUGAAGUUAUAUUUUAUAUUGAAAGGGUUAAAUUUCUUUCAAAUCAUUCCAUUCAACAUUAUUGCAGAUCAAAAUACUCGCUGCAGGUAUCAUUCAACUUUCAAAAAACGUUUUUCGUCCAAGUCGUUCACCUUAACAAUAUUUCAGAUCGAAAUACUCUUCUCAAUCUAAAUGUAAAUCUGAAAACACUUUGUUUCGUUCAACUUGCAGAACUCAAGAACAUUUCUGCAAUACUCGGAUGUGGUGGCCGCAGUUGUCCUAAAUGUGACAAGUGCGCUGAUUGGGAAUUUAAGGACAAUAAUGAUACAAAGACCUCGAUCCAGGAGGCAAAAAAUCGUGAUUGGUCGCCAGAAGAUAUAAAGCAUUGGUACAACGAUCGUAUUUAUGACCAUCUCAAGAUUCGUAAUGGCCGAUGUUGUGGUUAUCGCCUUACUGAUACUGGUAAAAUUCGAAUUGUUCAUUAUUACGAUAAUGGUGAUCGUCUUGAUUUUAAUAAUGGUCGUAUAUACAAUCAAGGUAGUCGUUAUGUUCCCACUGGUGAUGAUCGUUCUUAUUCUGGUCAUAUUUUUCUUGGUAAUCAUAUCUGCUUAUGUGAUUAA